CUCCGUUCUCCAAGCCGCUGGUCACCUGGGGCCCAGAGUCGGCCCUGAAGCCCGGCGAUGCGGUGGCCCUCAGCUGCGUUGCGUACGGAGGUUAUCCUGAGGCAGAGGUGCUCUGGCAGGACGGAGCUGGACACAAUCUGACCCACAACGUCACCGUCUCACAGGUGGCCAAUGAGGAGGGUCUGUUCAGCGUGAAGAGCGUCCUGACGGUGAUCCUGGAGCCCAGCAGCACUUACAGCUGCAGACUGAGCCAGCCGCUGCUGGGAGAAGAAGCACAGGCGUCUGUCACCAUCAGCGCUCAGGGUCUGGUGUUUCCUCCGCUGGCGCUCUGGCUGACCGUGGCUCUGGCCGUGUGUUUGCUGGCUCUGCUGGUGGCUCUGGCCGUCGUCUGCCGCAGGAAGAUCAGAGAGAGCUGUGAGGAGAUGAGAGCCGAGGAAGAAGCAAAAGAACUCGAGGAAGCCAAAGAAUUAGAAGAAGCCAAAUCAGGUCGAGGCUGGACCAUCAGUGAUUGACGAGCAGGAACCAUCCGUCCGAUCCAGCAUCAUUUCAAACUCCCAAUGGGACUGAAACGUGAAGCUCCUCUUUCGUACUCCCCACUCUUUCCUAAACAACAUCAGGAGCGAUAAACUCAUCCUGAAAUCAUCAAACGGUGCGUGAGACACACCCAGCGUCCGUCUGAGAGAGUCUAGUGCUCACGUCUGUCAGCUCAAACACGGCCAGAUGCAACUGAUUACAGAUUGUAUUUUGAAAUCCUGUUUUUUUUAUUAUAAUGUUGUCAGGUACUUUGAAUAUUGCAUAUAUUGGAAUUUGAAAUGUUUCAUAAUAA